AUGGGCGCUAAAACUGCAUUGAAAUUAAGGGCGCGAGGUACUGCGUUUAAGUGUCAUAUGUGCGGGCGAAAAUUAAUGUCCAUGGAAGCGCUGAUAUCACAUGAACGUACCGCGCAUAAUAUUAUCACUAGGCGAAAUAAAUCUAAACAGGUCACUGAGCCAUUAAAAGCCACUAAAAAAGAGGUUAAACAAAAACCGGCGAAAAAAGAGAGUAGCCCGCUAAAAAUAAGACAAAAAAUAAAAUUUUCUGAAUCUAUUAGUGAACCAGAAGAAAGUGAAGAUAAAUCGUUACCAAAAAGGAAAACCGUGGAAUUUAAAUGUCCAAAGUGUUUCCGUGCAUUUGCUUCAUAUCUUCCAGCACACAAACAUAUACAGAAUUUUCACUGUGUAAAUAGACAAGGAGUAAAAGUUCCACCCAAUUCUCCGAGUCUCAUCCAGCCAAUAAGAAUUGAGUUCUGUAAUAAUUGUAAUAGGAAAGUGAAAUCCAUACAAAAUCAUAUAUGCAAAGAUGAUAACAAAGCCAAAAUGGAAGACCAGUUAAUAAUAUGUACUGCUUGUGAUGACUGGAUGCCAAAUAUGAAGGCGUUUGGCUCGCAUGUGCUGAAUGCACACGGAGAUAAUGUAGACAGCAUGUUCUUCCCUGUAUAUUCUGAAUUCAUCAAAUGGAAAAUUGAAAUGGAAGCUCAGACCGGCGUGAAUUAUAUUUUAGAAAAAUAUGACUCCAAACGUUACUACCAUUGCAAUUUUGUGAAAGAUAAUGAUAAAAAAAUGAAUACAACCUCCUUCUGCCCAUCAACUAUUGUAGUACAGGAGUUCCCCAAAGGAAUACAAGUUCACUUUUUCAAACAACACUACAAACACGAAUAUAUUGACUAUACCAUAAUGGAAGAGUAUAAAAAAUACAAUAUAACAUCGUUUUUGAAACGUUCUGAAGAGUAUAAUAAUCUCAAAAUACUACCUUCAGAUGGUAACGACUUAUAUUUACAAUUUAAAAGUUUGAUGGAAGGUAUUAUAGUUGAUGCUGCCAAAAUAAAUGUACCAACAUUAAAAAUAUUGCUCGGUAAAGCGUUGGAUAUGACAUCCGUUUUGACGAACUAUGACGAGGAAGUUGAGGAGAAUGACGUUAUUGUCACUUCUGUCGCAAAUGUCACUCAUAUGACAGAAACACAGAUAACGAAAGCUCUAGAAACUACCAAUUUGACGUUUGGUAAACGGAAAAAUAAUGUUAAUACCGAUGUUUCUUCACAAACACAAACGAAAAAAAUAAAACAGGAUUCAGUUGAAGAUAUGUCGCCGAAGAUUUUGAAUUCUUUCUCUCUCGCCCAUAAUAAAUCGACAAAAAAUGACAAAUCCGAUACAGAUAAUAAAAAGAGUGAUGACGACAUUGAUAAAAGUAAACAAAAUAAUAAAAAAAAUACUGAAUGGGAUCCUUAUUCGUCGUCGUUUAACGAUUCAUAUAAAGACUUUGUGGUUAAAAAUUUUCCAGUUGUUGAGGCGGAUAUUAAAAAAAAAGCUAGAAAACGGCCAGGGUUUCUAACGAAAAUGGGACAAUUUAAGCCGAAUACUUUGCCAAAAUCGCACAAAACGCAGGAAGAAUCUAAGGCCGAAGUGAAAGAAAAGACUCCAGUCAGAACAAGUUUUGAUAAACCCAACAUCGAUAUAAAAUAUGAAGUUAAAGAACAGGAUGAAGGUUGUAAUAUAUUGAUAUUGAAACUA